AAAAAAAACAUACUUAUUGUUUUUUUCAGAAGUGAACAGUCUUAUAACUCUCAUGCAUCAUCAAUGCCUUGGCCUUCUGUUCCAUAUUCAAAUACUACUUUACGACAAGACCUAACUGAAUGUUUUAAUGUUCUUGGUAUUCCUUACCUAGUAUUAAUUGAUAACAAUGGAAAUAUCAUCACAGAAAAUGGUCGUGCGGAAAUUACGGAAGACCCUGAUGGAGUGUAUUUCCCAUGGAGAAGACGAUUCGUUUAUUCGCUUUCUUCGAGACUACUACCAAAACUUCAGAGUUACCCAGCUGUUGUGUUAUUCAUUGAAGGAGACCAAGAAGAAGAAUUAGAAUUGGCUGAAGGUGUUUUGUUGCCUGUAGCACAACAAGUUGCAAAGACCCGGUCAAAUGCAUUAUAUGAUCUCUUAUUUUUUAUAGCUCCCGACGAUUGCACAUCAGAUACUUUAAGACAAUUUACGAGAUUGACUGAUGACACAGCUCCAUUGUUGACCCUAAUAGAUAUACCAAUGGCAAGGAUUUCAGUAAUGGAAUACGGAAUUCAUAUUACAGAAAAAUCUAUAAUGAAUUUUGUUCUAGGAUUUUUCGAUGGAACAAUGAAAUUUACACCUAUUCUUUAAACUUCAAUUCAUAAGAUAAACAAUACCUAUAUAUUAUUAUAUUAUAAUAUUGUAUAUAGGUUCAUUCAAAAGAGUAAAGACUACAUUACAUGGCUAGUAGAUUCAAUUCAACUAUAUGUGAAUUUGGUAUUAAUCACAUAGGUAGAUAUAUAGAUGAGUCUAGAAGAUUAUUGUAAUAUAGAAAAUAAUUAAACGUUGUUUAAAUAAAUAUACUAAUUAACUAUUAAA